UGUCUCCUGUCAUUGGAACAACUAGAGACUGCAGUACUUCCGCCACACACCGACGUCACGGCCCCUGUCUGUCGGCCAUAUUUGAUGCCCCUCUGCCCUGACACACCGGCAAAGUGCUCUGUCUUACUGCUUUCUUAUUGAAAGCAGCGUCUAAUGAAGCCUCUUUUCAGUAUCCUGCGACAUCAAAGCCUCUGAAAUGAAUAAACUAGAUCUCUCGGCUGUAGACCCGCUGGAUCUCCCGUUCUCUAUCCUGGAAGUUGGCAUCGCUGGGAGAUUAGAACUGAUCACUAAUCCUGCCAACACUAAUGGAUCUACUUUACCGAUAUCUACGAUUCCUAAUGGCUUACCACCAUAUGAUGUGGAUCUGUCCGUUGAAGUGAUCCAGAAGUAUCUUGCUGACCCUGAAUGGCUUUCUAUCCAUGACUUUGAUAGAAGCCAGAGGUCCUGGCCUCGGGUCAAGGAUGUGGCCUCUCUUUACCACAUGGACAUCAGUGCCCCGCAGACUGAGCUCAACAUGGAGCGGAACUCGGCCACUGGAGAACUGCGCGGCAUCGGCGAGGUCUCUGUAAAUCAUGCCAGUCUCUCUGCUCAGAACUCCCUCUCCCUCCGGCGCCCUCCAGGACCUCCGUCACAGUCUGUCAGGGGUAGUACCUCCAACUUCCCUUUUUGGCCUGGUGGAAUGGAUGAGCCCACUCUUGAACAGAUAAAAGCCAUGAAUGAUGAAGAGGAAGCCCUGGACUUCGGCACAGAUCUUUUAACUGUUCCUCCCGGAUGGAAACACGGAAUGAAUUUCAAGCAGACAGAUGCCUUGCAGACCCCCGGGUUUCUGCCUCUUGCCAGUAUGCUGGGGACUCUGGAAGAUUUCACAUUGGGAGACUCCAGUGAGGAUGAGGAGGAAGUGAAAGGAAAAACAAAGGAUAAAGGAGCAACGCCGGAGGCUCUGCCUAGGACAAACAGCCUGGAAGAGCUUGGUGUGGAGACGUCAUCUGCUCCUGCACUGGAAGCGUCAGCCUCCCCUCCACCAGAAUCCUCCCAGGAGCAGUGGGCCGUUCCCCUGGACAGUAACUCCCCCGUGGAUGAUUUCUAUAAGCGUAUUCCGGAGCUGGCCUUUAAGCAUCCAUUUGAACUGGACCCCUUUCAGAAGAAGGCUAUUCAGUGCCUUGAAGCUGGUUCCUCUGUCUUUAUUGCUGCUCACACGUCUGCUGGGAAGACUGUGGUCGCCGAGUAUGCUAUAGCGUUGUCUCUCAAGCACAUGACCAGGACUAUAUACACUUCCCCCAUCAAGGCUUUGUCCAAUCAGAAGUUUAGAGAUUUCAAAAUCACGUUUGGAGAUGUGGGGCUAAUUACAGGAGAUGUCCAGCUUUAUACCGGGGCAUCGUGUCUCAUCAUGACCACAGAGAUCCUAAGGUCCAUGUUGUAUAACGGUUCUGAUGUAAUUCGAGACCUGGAAUGGGUGAUCUUUGAUGAGGUUCAUUAUAUUAACGAUGUGGAGCGUGGCGUUGUAUGGGAGGAGGUUCUUAUAAUGCUACCAGACCACGUGAACAUCAUUCUACUGAGCGCCACAGUUCCCAACACCGUGGAGUUCGCAGACUGGAUCGGGAGAAUUAAGAAGAGGAAACUGUACGUGAUCAGCACCAUGAGGAGGCCGGUCCCAUUGGAGCAUUUCCUGUACACGGGCAACAGUCAGAAAACGCAGAAUCAGUUUUUCCUGCUGCAAGAUGCAUCUGGAGCUUUCCAGACAAAAGGAUACUAUGCUGCAGUUGAAGCAAAGAAGGAGCGAUCAUCUAAGUACUCACAAACAUUUGGGGCAAAACACCCUCAUGGAGGCGGAGCCGGGCAUGACAAGGGCACAUGGCUCUCUCUGAUUCACUCUCUCCGGCAGCGGGACGCCCUCCCUGUAGUGGUUUUCACUUUCUCCCGUUCCCGGUGUGAGCAGAACGCAUCCGCUCUGACCACCGUAGACUUGUGCACAGCAGCAGAACGGAGUGAAGUCCAGACUUACUACACCAAGUGCCUGAGCCGCCUGCGCGGGGGCGAUCGGCAGCUUCCACAGGUGUUACACAUGCUGGACCUGCUGAAGAGAGGGAUUGGGAUUCAUCACAGCGGCAUCCUGCCUAUCUUGAAGGAAGUGGUGGAGAUGUUAUUCAGCCGUGGCUUAGUCAAGAUCCUGUUCGCCACCGAGACUUUUGCUAUGGGGGUUAAUAUGCCGGCUCGCACUGUUGUAUUCGACUCCAUCAGAAAACACGACGGCUCGAACUUCAGAGACCUGACACCAGGGGAAUAUAUACAGAUGGCUGGUCGCGCUGGGCGCCGAGGACUGGACACUACCGGCAUGGUUAUAAUAUUGUGUAAAUCGGACGUGCCGGAAAUGAGCGAUCUGCACAGGAUGAUGCUGGGGAAGCCCACUCAGCUGCAGUCUCAGUUCCGUCUGACGUAUUCCAUGAUCCUGAAUCUCCUCCGCGUUGAGGCUCUGAGAGUAGAAGACAUGAUGAAGAGGAGUUUUGCAGAAGCCAGGACGCAAAAAGACAGCAAGAGCCAUGAGCAACGUAUUAAGGUUCUCACCAAGACACUGGGAGAGAUGGGAGAUAUUGAAUGCUCCGGGAUCCUGGCAGACCUCCAGGACUACUUUGUCACCGUACAGGAACUGAUCCGCACCAGGCAGACCCUGCAGAAAAGGGUGGUAGAGUCCAUCAAUGGAAUGAAAUGUCUAAGUGUGGGUCGUAUCAUCAUCAUCAGCACCGAGUAUCACCACUGGGUACCCGGCGUCAUCCUACAGGUGUCCUCAGAUGCUGCCAACAGGAUCUACACCACCUUGGUGCUGUGCGAGAAGAAGCGCGAUGGAGUUGCUGCAGUGGAACGAGAGGAGAAGGAGAGCAGGGUGCCCAGCCCUGAUGAUCUGCUGAUGGGCAAAGUGUUCCGACCAGAGGGUCCAUGUGGCUGCACCCUUCUCAAGCUCCGCUCCGCAGACAUUCUCAUAAUAACCGGGAAGACGCUGAGAGUCCAGGCUGAUAAAGUCCUGGAUGAUGUCACCAGGAGCCAGACCCCCCGCUUCAGGAAUGACCCUCCUGGUCCCGCAAUGUCUGGUGUGACACAGGAGCUCUCUCGACUGGCAGACCUGCCCCCGGGGUCACUGACUUCCCUGUGCCCCAUUAAUGAUCUCCAGUUGAAGGAGGUGGAAGUAGUGGAGGCAGUUACCAGAAUCAGGAGACUGGAAGGAGCACUAACGGAGUUUAGUUGCCCAAAGAGCCCCCGGUUUACCUCUCAGUAUCUCCGUCUGGAGCAGAGAUCACAGGUCUUGGAUGAGCUGGAUCGCCUCCGCUUCCUCACUUCUGACCAGUCGUUGAGCCUCUUGCCUGAAUACCAGCAGAGAAUCGAUGUCCUGUGCACCCUGCAGUACAUAGAUGGCGGUGGUGCUGUUCAGCUGAAGGGCCGGGUGGCCUGUGAGGUGUGCAGCCAUGAGCUGUUGGUUACGGAGCUGGUCUUGGACGGGGCCCUGUCUCCCCUCGCCCCUGAGGAGAUUGCAGCUCUGCUCUCUUGCCUGGUUUUCCAGCAUAAGACCCAGUGUGAGCCCCGGCUCACAGACACACUAAAGCAGGGUGUGAAGAAGGUGCGGGAGCUGGCCGAGCGCCUGGCACUGGUACAGCGGGAGUGUGGUCUCAGGGAGUCUGUGGAAGACUUUGUGGCACAGUACAAGUUCGGUCUGACGGAGGUGGUAUACGAGUGGGCACGUGGCAUGCCCUUCUCUGAGAUAAUGACACUGACGGACAUCCAGGAAGGCCUGAUUGUGCGCUGCGUUCAGCGCCUGGACGAAGCCUGCAGGGAUGUGCGGUCUGCCGCCCGACUGGUUGGAGAUGCCACACUGUGCGCCAAGAUGGACGCCGCCUCACAGCUUAUCAAGAGGGAUAUAGUCUUCGCUGCCAGCCUGUACACGCAGUGAUGUUACUGUAAGGGAUGACUCUGACAUGAUGAAAGCCUGCCUUAUAUCAUCACAUCGUCCUAUGCCAUACAUCCUCUGAAAAAUGGUGUCUAUGUGACCACUGACAAAAUGGCUUCCCGAAGUUCAAGGCUGUCAUGGUUUAACCUCUGUGAGGUUUGCCCUCUGAGACAGGAUCUAGGCCAUUCUGGCAAUUGUUUUAGAGAUAAUGAGAUACCUGGAGUUUCAAGGUAUUUGCCAGGAGCUGAGCCUGUCUAUUUGAAGCCAUCUAGAAAUAAAACCGAUUCUGUUCUCAUUUG